CUCAUCCUUUAUCCAAGUUUGUUCCACCUCCAAAGAUCGACUUCUUCACUUCAGAGCUGUCUCUCUAUCGCUAACGUUAACGUAACAUUUCGACUUCCAGUCGCUGGACACUGUAACGCUGGCCACCAAGCAUCAGACUGUCUACACAAGCAAAUCCUAAUGGCGGAGCCGUCCAAGUGGCUCGAGGUGUGGCAUGCCGUACACUGGGUCUGUCUGGGUACGGGCGCCGCGGCCGCGCUCUUCCUGUUGCUGCAUUCCGCUACAUUUCACCGGCUCAAGCGACGCAUGGCGGACCUGUUACUGAGCGGUAUUGCACUGGCGGACGUGGGUUUCGUGGCGCUGGAGGCGAUCAAGCAGGCACUGCACACGUCCUACUUGUCGCGCUACCGACGGGAAGAUGAAGGCCAAGCGGAUGCGCAGUAUACGACAGGAGACUUCAUCUUGACGCUCUUGGCGCGCUUCAGCUUCUUCAUGUCGUUCUAUUGGAUCGCUAAUCUGUCGCUACUCAUGCGACUCGGCAAUUUCGAGGCGCUGCAUGCCAAGAGGAGUUUAUUCCUAUCAUCACUGGCCUCGCUGGUUUACGGCUGCAUGCACGCUCUCCUCCCAACGAUGAGUGGAGAAGACACGUCGAAUUCCGGGGCCUAUACUGUCACAGCGGUGCUGGUUUUCAUCAUGCAGGCCACACCAUUGCUACUAAUUAUGACCAAUCUCCGAGCCGUGAGGAAGUCGAGGCUGAACUCGUCCACACAGGGACGGAACGUCAUUCGACGCCUUACAGGCUACUGUGUCUGUGCAGCGGUGUUCACACUGCCCUACGCUCUGGUACUCAUCGUGUCUCAGAGCCCUGUAGCCGUCGGAGCUGUUGCGGAGACACUGAACUACUUCGUUCCAUUGGCAAACGCCCUGCUAUUCGGCACAAGUCUGAGCUGCUGUUGCUGCUGUGCGACGGCAACGGAGACUCUAGCCACACAUGAAGACAAGGUGCAAUUCGAUGACACUCCGUCGUCGUCCAUCGAUAUCUCCGCUGGUGUGAUGGCAGACGGGAGCGGAACUCCUAAAAGUACGGGGUAUACAGGACUUGCUACGCCUGGAGUUUUAGGUGUGAGAGAUGGACUAGUGGCUGGCGGUCCUAUUGCUGAAAUGGUGACGGAAGGACCAGCUGAGAAGAUCGGUGAAGGCUCCAGUGCCGAGGUGUACAAGGCUCAAUGGCUUGGCAUUACAGUCGCACUUAAGUGUCUGCGGUUCCACGCUGGCAGUAGCUCAGAAGCCGAGCUGUACAUGACGCAUCUGGCGGAGCUACGCACCGAAUUUCUGGAUGAAGCGGUGCUGGCAGCUCAACUGCGUCAUCCAAACAUCACGCUGUUUAUCAAGAUGGGAACAUACAAGGGGAGCUUGUGUCUCGUCAACGAAUACUGCGCACGCGGAUCCUUGCGAGACGUGCUUCGUGCGAAUCCUUUGAUGGAGUGGAAUACCAGAGUUCGAUUAGCGUUCGAAGCGGCUAAAGGCCUGGCGUUCAUGCACAAUCGAGAGCCAAUCUACUUGCACCGUGACCUCAAGGCGUCCAACAUCCUGGUGACUGCUGACUGGACGGCCAAGAUCGCAGACUUCGGGAUCGCUCGGAUCGCGACGGAUUUUACGGUGAAGAAGCAGCACGCUUCUCAAAAGUUCUCGAGGAGGUCUCUCCAGUCGUUGCAGUCGAUCGAUGAGAGCGUCAUCAUGAUGGAUGGCGCUGCAUCGGAGCUCAUGACGACUUUUGCUGGUACCUGGCGCUGGAAUGCACCGGAGAUCAUGAAGAACCCCAACGAGUGUCGAUUUAACCGCGAAACAGACAUGUACAGCUUCGGAGUGGCUUUAUGGGAGAUUCUGACCAACGGAGCCAUUCCCUUUGGCAACGUAGACUUCGACCAUCAAGUGCGGCAGCUCGUGGCAGCAGGAGAACGUCCAGCAUUACCACCCGCUUACUCACGGCGUGCCCCGCCUGAGUUCAUUGAAGUUAUGUGUGCGUGCUGGCACCAGCGACCGGAGAAACGACCAAGUGCUCAGGAUGUGAUGCUGCGUCUCGGAUCGUUGUCGUACACUCUGUCGAAUGGAUCGGAGUUCUACACUUCGUCGCAGAACACAGCGCGGUUCGUCUUUAGUGACAAUUAUUGCCUAGCGAUGGACUCUAGUCAGAGUUGCUCAGGUUUGUGGUGAAUACAGUACGAUUAGCGUGCAUGAAGUCUGUAAUUUUAAGUUAGGGAGUUUAACCAAUCCCGUAUAAUCAAAAUAAGGGAUAUUGUUGUUCUUAAUUGGAA